AGGCUUACUUAAGAGUGUCUGCUUUUUAAACCCAUAAAUCUCUACAAACCCAAACUUCAAACACACACAAUUAUCAUCAAUACUAAAUUCCAUUUUCUUAUACUAAUAGUAAAUUCUACUUAAUAAUAUAUACUCACUUAUAUUAAGAUAAAGACAAUAUAAAGAUAAAGAAGCAAAGAGGAAGUGUUACAAUUUAACAGUACUACUUCCCAAGCUUUUUCAUCAACUCAGCAGAUUUCAAUUUUCCUAUACAAAAUUUCUCCCACAAAACGCCAAUGCUUCCAUCUUUCCUUCUCCCCAACUGCAAAUCAUCAAUGCAACACUACUAGUACUACUACUACUAUUUUGUACAACAAUUCAGGAUUUUCAUAUUGUGCAUGCACAAACAAACUAGUCAAACCAAAUUUCUAUCUUUUUUUUUUUUUUAAUUUGUCUUGUUGUUAUUAUCUUAAUCAAGUCUAUCCAAAUAGGUGAGAAAAUUAGGAAGAGUUUAUUUUUUUUUACCACCGCUUUCCAGCUGUUCAAAUUCCAUUGCCAAAAACGCUACCUUUAGGCUUUCAGUUCACUAUAAAUACUGCAACAUAUAGUAAUUGGUUCACUCACUACUUGUCUGAUUUCACUCUAUUUCUUUUUGUUGUUGAAAUAAUGCCUUCUAGAGUUACUGGUGCUAGAGUUGUUGGUUCCAGGAAAGUGAAAAACCAGGCUGUGCUGCUUGUAGCAGGGCACUGGUUAAUGCUUUCUGUAGCAAUUAACAUUGGAUUCUUGUUGAAGAUUAUUCAUGAUGGAAACUUAGGGAUGGAUUGGUAUGCCUUCAAUGGAAAUGGGGUUGCUGUUUCUUCUUUAGCUUCUUAUACAGCUGAGCCUAAGCCAGGGAAUGAUGUGCAAAUCCAGGAAAAGUACAUAAAUUUGGACCAUGGUGAUCCAACCAUGUAUCAAAGCUACUGGAAACAGAUGGGUGAAAGAACAACAAUUGUCAUAUCUGGUUGGCAAUCUGUCAGUUAUUUUUCGGAUACGAAGAACCUUUGCUGGUUUCUUGAACCAGGGUUUGCAAAAGCAGUAACUAGAUUGCAUAAUCUAGUGGGAAAUGCUGAGACUGCAAACCGACACAUCGUGGUUGGGACAGGAUCUACUCAACUGUUUCAGGCUGUACUUUAUGCCCUCUGUCCAUCUGAUGCUUCAGAUCCAAUGAGUAUUGUAUCUGCUGCCCCAUUUUAUUCGUCAUACCCAUUGAUCGCUGAAUGCUUGAAAUCUGGGCUCUACAAGUGGAAAGGUUAUACCAAUGACUUCGAUAAAGAUGAGCCCUAUAUAGAGCUUGUGACUUACCCGAAUAAUCCUGAUGGAUCAAUCAGGGGUGCUGUGUUCAAUGGGAGCGGAGGAAUAUUGAUUCAUGACGUAGCAUAUUAUUGGCCUCAGUAUACUCCAAUUUCUUCUCGGGCAGACCAUGACAUAAUGUUGUUCACCCUAUCCAAAAGCACGGGACAUGCUGGGACGCGCUUAGGAUGGGCACUUGUCAAAGAUGAAGCAAUUGCGAAAAAGAUGGUAAAAUUUAUAGAGAUAAGCAGCAUUGGUGUCUCUAAAGAUUCACAAAACAGAGCCGCCAAAACCCUGGAUGUCAUAAGCGAUACAUACGAGGAUGCAGAAACCUCUAAUGAAAGUAAACGCUUCUUUGAUUUUGGCUAUGAGGAAAUGGCUAAGAGAUGGAGACAGCUGAGAGAAGCAGUCAACAAAGGCAAAAGGUUUAGUUUGCCGAACUUGCCUGUUGGAAAAUGCAACUUUAGCAAUCGUACAUUUGGAACACAGCCUGCUUUCGCGUGGGUGAAGUGUGAGCAUGCAUCAGUAAGUGACUGUGAAAGUUUUCUGAAGCAGCACAAGAUUUUGACCAGAGGUGGGGAACAUUUUGGUUCUAGUAAAAAGUAUGUUAGGAUCAGUUUGAUCGGUUACGAGGAAGAUUAUAACGAGUUUAUUCGAAGGUUGUCCUUGAUAAAUUCGGAGGAGUCUCCGUGAACAGCUAGACUAUCUAGUUAGCUUUAUAGUGCAGAUGCCAAAAUGUUAAGAUAAGACUGCUAUUCUCUAUGAUAAAAAGUCAUGUAAAUGAAUAUAAUCUUAUAUGAAAAUGCACUGAAGAUUUGCCCCCA